AUGCAAAAAGCUCUCGAUGGCAGCUUCAGCGACUGCGAAUUCCGUUGGGAAGACGGGCGCUGUGUGAAAGCGCACUUGGCCUACCUCUCGCGGAACCAGACAUUCCGAGAGGCUGCAGCCCCGAAAGUUGUGCCGGUGCCCAGCGAGGUGUCCGAGAGAGUUCUGCAGGCCCUGUUGGACACACACUACGCCUGCAGCUCCAGCGCUGCGGUGCAGUUUCACCCAGAUGACAGCCCGGCGGACGACAACGAAGAGGAGAUCGCCAUGACACCUCCAAGAGACCACCGAGACCACCAG